AUGGAUUCGCCCCAAAAAAUAACCAUCACCAUCUGCGGCGACGGCGGCUGCGGGAAAUCCAGCAUAACCCUGCGCCUAGUGCGCUCGCAAUGGACACACGAAUACGACCCCACCAUCGAAGACUCCUACACCCUAACACGGCGCAUAGAUGGGCAAACCUACCACCUAUCUUUGACCGACACAGCCGGGCAGGAAGAGUACCGCGGCAUGUGGGCAUCGUCGAACCUGCGCUCUGACGCCUUCCUGCUGGUCUACGACAUCACAAAUGGGAACAGUCUAGGCGUGCUGGAGGAGUUUAACGGGCUGAUUGAUAUCGAGGCCGAGACGCGCGCUGAUGCGUGGGAUGGGCGCGGCGGCGGGAUUGGAGGGAACGGCAAGGGCAGGGAGAAGGAGAAGGGCCCUGUCAAGCCGGUUAAGAUUGUCGCGGGCAAUAAAUGCGAUUUGCAGGAGUCGAGGCAGGUGUCGGCGCAGGUGGGCUUGGAGUGGGCUAGGAGGCGGGGGUGUGGGUUUAUGGAGACGAGUGCCAGGAAUACGGUUAAUAUCGAAGAGACGUUUGCGUUGAUUGUUAGGAGGGUGGUGGAGGCGAGACGGCUGGCUAAUGGGGGUGCGAGUGCGAGUGCGGAGAUGGCUGAGAGGGGUAUGGGGAGGGGGGGAUUGCCACGCUUGGGGUUGGCGGGGAAGAGUCCUGGGACUGAGCGCUUGGGGAGUAGUAGGGCUGUCACGGCGCCGUUGAGUCCCUUGCCUGGAGGGCCGGAGAAGAAUCCAAGUACGGGGCGUGAGUACGAGACACAGCACUCGAGCAGCAGCAAGAACUUGGGAACGUGGUUCAGGUCGACAUGGAAGAAACUGAGAUGUUGGCAAUGA